UAAAAUAAGAACCAAUGGAGAGUUUAGAGAACCUAAAACAGAGAACCCUAAUUUCAUCCCCUCGCCCUUCUAAUCUCCUUCUUCAUAUUGAAUUCUCGAUCUCGCAAACCCUAAUUUCUACUCCUAGAUUUUGGUGUUGUCGCUUUUUUCAUUUUUUGUUGCAGAUAUAUAAUACGCCAUAGACAUACAUGCGAACAUACAGAGGUAUGAAUACCCCGGCGAAGUGAGGAGGUGUCAAAUCGAUUGAGGAUGUGAAUGGUGGCCAUAGGAAUUGAAGGAAUGGAGAGGGAGCAACGAAUCAGGAAAAGGCCUCGGCUCACAUGGGACGUGGCUCCAUCUGAGCCACAGGUGAAACGGGCACAGGUGGUGAGUAACGAAGGGGUGAAUAGACGAAGGCAUGCGUCGCCACCCAGAAGGGACGACGAUCGCGAGGGCCAUUACGUCUUCAAUCUUGGCGAGAAUCUCACUCCUAGAUAUAAGAUACUCAGCAAGAUUGGUGAAGGCACAUUUGGUCGGGUUUUGGAAUGUUGGGACCGUCAAACAAGAGAGUAUGUGGCAAUCAAGGUUGUCCGAAGCAUACGUAAAUACCGUGAUGCAGCUAUGAUCGAGGUCGAUGUGCUUCAACAUCUUGCUAAGAAUGAUAAAGGCAACUCACAUUGUGUUCAGAUUCGGAACUGGUUUGAUUACCGGAAUCACAUAUGCAUUGUGUUUGAGAAGCUUGGACCAAGCUUAUUUGAUUUUCUAAAGAGAAAUAAAUACUGCCCAUUCCCUGUGGAUCUUGUUCGGGAAUUUGGAAGACAGCUUUUGGAAUCUGUAGCAUAUAUGCAUGAUUUACACUUAAUUCACACUGACCUGAAGCCAGAAAAUAUACUUCUUGUAUCAUCUGAACAUAUAAAGCUUCCUGGUUGUAAGAAGCUUGCAAUGGUACAGAGACUUUCUUCAGAUGAAACGCAAUUCAGGUGCUUGCCCAAGUCUAGUGCCAUUAAGCUGAUUGAUUUUGGCAGUACUGCCUUUGACAAUCAGAAUCAUAGCUCCAUUGUGUCAACGAGACAUUACAGAGCCCCUGAGGUUAUUUUAGGAUUAGGAUGGAGUUAUCCGUGUGAUUUGUGGAGUGUUGGCUGCAUACUUAUUGAACUAUGCUCGGGUGGAGCAUUAUUUCAGACGCACGAGAAUCUAGAGCAUUUGGCAAUGAUGGAGAGGGUGUUGGGACCUCUGCCAGAGCAUAUGGUUCGAAGGGCCGACCGAGGUGCUGAAAAGUACUUCAGGCGAGGCUCACGACUGAAUUGGCCAGAAGGAGCAGUUUCAAGGGAGAGCAUUAGAGCUGUCAAUAAGCUUUACUGUUUAAAGGAUCUGGUAUCUCAACACGUAGUGUCCUCAAGAUCCUCUCUCACUGAUUUAUUGCAAGGCUUGUUGAAGUAUGAUCCCUCCGAACGUCUCACGGCUAGACAAGCUCUUAGUCAUCCGUUCUUUCAGAAUCUAACUUGAGAGUAGCAUAAUGACAUGAAACCUAUUGUACGGUUUACGAUGCUGGUCUGUGUUGAUACUUGUUUGGCGUUGAGAGAGAGAGAGAGAGAGAUUAUCUGUUGCUGGCUCGGUACACGUUUUGUACAAUGUGAAUGAAUAUUGAUUUCGUUUUAUAAAUAUAUUUAUUUUGGCUGGUUGGAAUCAA